AUGUCGGCCAAGGGGUUGCAGAACUACAGUUUGCCAUUGCGCAAGCAGAUUGCCAAGAUCAACACUUUGAGAGGCACGCCCGAGACCAGCUUCAAGUUCGAUGCGUCCAAAUACAAGGAGUUUGAAAUGUUCAUAUAUCACCAAACGCCCGUGGUUUACAAGCCAGCACACGGCAUAAGGAGUUUUUGGAAAAAAUCGAUGCCAACUUUGAGGUACCACAACCCGCAGAUUCAGGUCACUGUUAACGCGGUCGUCGUUGACGACGAGAAGGAUUUGGUCAAGAUACCGUUGAAGUUGAAAAUCCACGGACACAAACCGGAAGAUAACGCGGUGAUAGACUGUGCUAGCAAGUCUCCUAGCCAGAUCUUGGCCGAGUUGGUGGAGUUGACGAAUGCCAGAAGAAUGACACAGGACGAAAUCCCAUUGAUCAGCACUAAACCUCCAACCGCCAGAAGCUAA